AUGUCACCGACAGUAGCUGAAUCGAUUAUAUUUGUGUCUCAAAAAUACACAAUUGUCGUACACAUCAUCAUUUUCCUUACCGGAAUUGUGGGCAAUAUCUGUAAUAUAAUUGUUUUUCGUACUUUAAAACCAUUUCGACUUAAUCAAGGGGCCUUCUAUCUUGUUGUUGCAGCUGUGGUAGAUUUAUUUUUACUAGUAAUUGUACUACCAUUGCGUAUCGCUGAUUAUGGAUAUGGUUAUGAUGCGAUGCGCUACUCGCUUGCCUGGUCGAUAUGCCUCGCAUCCGUUGAUCAAUAUCUAUCAACUCAUUAUAUUCCUUCGUUGAGACAAAUGAGUUCCUUGAAAUCCGCUCAUCGACUGGUGUCUAUUGCCAUCUGUUUUUGGACUUUACAUGGAAUUCCGUUUCUAAUCUUUUUUGAGAUAAAACAAUCAGCUGGCUGUGCAGUGUACAACCGAGGGUUUCUAAUUUACUAUUCAUACAUUCAGUUUUGUACACUCAGCGGAAUACUGCCAAUCACAAUCUCUGCAACUUCGGCAUCACUCGCGUAUUUGAACGUUCGUCGCAUUGUGCGACGCCAAAUCCCAAUCAUUCGACGACGAUUAGAUCGUCAACUAACAGCAAUGGUUUUAACAAAAGUGGCGUUUUUAGUGGUUACUACUUCACCAUUUGUUCUCACUCGUAUUAUUUUAAUGAAUAGAUACAUUGAUCCUAAUGAUUCGAUACGAUUAGCUAUUGAACAAUUGAUCUCAACUGUUACUUCAUCUUUAUUCUAUAUCAAUUCAGCGGGCACGUUCUACGUUUUCCUAUUUGUAUCCAAACGUUUUCGGCAACAAUUCAGACAUGUGUGGAAAAAAGCGAUCGGAAAAACGAUGCUCCUGCCGAAAGCAAUGUCAUCAACAGACAUCGCAACAUCAAUUUUGUUUGUUUCACAACAAUUGGCUAUCUACGGAUAUCUUUCUAUUUUAAUUACUGGUGUGAUUGGAAAUAUUGUGAAUAUACUUGUUUUUUCAUGUUAUAAAUUAUUUCGACGCAAUCAUUGUGCGUUUUAUCUUCUUGCCCAAACGAUCAUCGAUUGUUGUUUAUUAGUUUUCGCUUUAUCAUUUCGUAUUCUGGAAUUAGCAUUUACAAUUGAUUACACUCGAACUUCAGUUGUCUGGUGUAAACUAAGACCAAUGAUUGCUCAUACAUUAACACUUUUGACAUUUUCGGCGAUCUGCUUUGCCGCGAUUGAUCAGUAUUUAUCAACCAAUUAUCAUGCUUGGCUACGACAAAUGAGCACGUUUAGAUUGUCUCGUCGUCUCAUGUAUGUCAGUAUUAUUGUCUGGAUUCUUUAUGAUUCGAUAUUCUUAUUCUUUUUCGAACUCCGUCCAGGAAUAGGCUGUAAUAUAUACAAUGCAGAUUUUUCGAAAUAUUACUCAUUUUUUCAUUAUAUUGUAUUGAAUGGAUUUAUACCUAUUUUGGUAUCGACAAGUUUUAGUUUAUUGGCUUAUUUGAAUGUUCGUCGGAUUGUUCAAAUGCGAAUGCAAGUAGUUCGCAGGAAACUCGACAAGCAAUUGACAGCUAUGGUUUUAGCCAAAGUCGCAUCUCUUGUCUCUACAGUUCUCCCUUCAAUCGCCUUUCGAAUUUAUAUACUAAACGUUACAGUGAAUUCCACCGACACCGUUCGUAUAGCUAUUCAUCAAUUGGUAUCAAAUAUUGCAUAUGCUUUAUUUUAUAUCAAUCCUGCUUGUACGUUCUAUCUAUUCAUCUUGGUAUCGUCGAGAUUCCGUCGACAAAUUCGAUAUACAUUUACGUUUUUGAAGGGUUAUGGACGGCGAUGUUGUCGACUUCCAGUGACGAAUCAAAUUGUGCCAGCUAACGAUGAAAGAAGUGAAUUCGAAUGA